CUCUAUGGCCUUCAUAUUUCCUUUGAAACUACUAGUAGCAGCGGUAGUGGUGGCAGAUUAACUUUAGGAUCCCCAGGAGGAGAGAGAGAGAGAGAGAGAGAGAGAGAGAGAGAUCGGCUUUGUUAUACCAUCUGGAGCACAGAGAGAUCGCCAAUGAGUAAAGAACGAAAUCGGUUUCGCCAUUAAUGAGCUGUUUUGGCCCAAGCGGGAGGGAAAUAGAGAGAGAAGCAAGCAGAGCCAGAAAAGGAGGUUCUGGCGAGGAAUUUGAUGGCGAACAAGGGGAGUUCCAGCCAGGGGCAGCCGCAGCAGAUCUCCUUCGCCAUGAUUCAUCCUUCUUCGUCCUCCUCCUCCGUCAUGCAUGGAAGCUUCAUGAGAAGCAACGAGGCCGGAGCUUACGACUUGGGAGAGCUGGAUCAAGCACUGUUCAUGUAUUUAGAUGGGCAGGAUCACUCAUCAUCGCCGGCUCAAGAACAAAGACAGACUUUGAACAUUUUCCCUUCUCAGCCCAUGCAUGUAGAGCCUUCGACAAAGGGUGGAAUGAGUUUGGACUCUCCAGCAAGCAGUGGCUCUAAGAAGUCAUCGGACCAGGCCAUGGAGUUGGGCGACACUAAAAAUGAUCUCCCGCUUCUGCCUGAGCGAGGAAAGGAUUCCAAAGCAGCAUCGGUUAAGAAGGAAGGGAACGGAAAGGGCACAUCUGGGUCCAAGACAUCAGAUCCUAAGACAUUGAGAAGGCUUGCACAGAAUAGGGAGGCAGCCAGGAAAAGCAGGCUCAGGAAGAAGGCCUACAUUCAACAGCUAGAGACCAGUAGGAUCAAGCUCACUCACCUUGAGCAAGAGCUUCAAAGGGCAAGAUCACAAACGUGCUUAUUGAAGGGUCUAUCAUUUGGUGGUGGAGCUCUCCUCGAGGAUCAAGGCCUCCCCGCCGUCGUCGGCGGGCUCAGCGCAGAUGCAGCCAUGUUCGAUAUGGAAUACAUGAGGUGGCUGGAGGAGCACCAUAGGCUUAUGUGCGAGCUCCGUGCAGCGGUGCAGGAGCACCAGCCGGAGAACCAUCUACGGAUGUUUGUCGACAGUUGCCUCGCGCACCACGAUCAGAUGGUGAAUCUCAAGAACAUCGUCAUCAGGUCGGACGUCUUCCACCUCAUCUCCGGCGUAUGGAUGACCCCCGCCGAGCGCUGCUUCAUGUGGAUGGGCGGCUUCCGCCCCUCCGAGCUCAUCAAGAUGCUUUUGAGCCACAUGGAGCCAUUGACGGAGGAGCAGAUCUUGGGGGUUUGCGGACUGCAGCAGUCGACGCAGGAGACGGAGGAAGCACUUAGCCAAGGACUGGAAGCCCUCAACCAAUCUCUCUCGGACACCAUCACCUCCGACGCGCUGAGCUACCCCUCCAACGUGGCCGAUUACAUGGGUCAGAUGGCCAUGGCCAUGAACAAGCUCACCACCUUAGAGGGCUUCAUUCGACAACAUGAAUGGUUUCAGGCAGAUAACCUGCGGCAGCAGACACUUCACCGGCUUUACCAGAUCUUGACGACCAGGCAGAUGGCACGAUCUUUGCUAGCCAUUGCCGAAUACUUUCACCGGCUCCGUGCGCUGAGCUCCCUUUGGCUCGCUCGACCACGACACGAGUGAGUGGAUCAACCCCUGGCAUUGCGUGCGAGUGGAGAUCAGGCAUUGCACGAGGAUUAACUUUGUUGUUGGCGACCGCCAUCUCUCGGCAAUGAAUUGACUUCCAGAGCGAAGAAAAGAGAGAGAGAGAGAGAGAGAUGCAUUCGAGUCUUAUUUGAAGAUGCAUAGAUGAAUUGAUGGCAAGGUGAAAUACAUUGUGUGGGGGAACGCAUGGUUUAGGUUUGACGUCCUCCUCUCUUUGUUCUCUGGCUUUACUUGUCAAACGAGGAAAUAAUUCUAUGAAAAGUAGGGAUUUUGGCCA